AACAAACCUGCUUCUUAAUAUCGAAUUAAGAAUUAAAAAAAAAAAUUAUUUCUUCCUAAAUUGUUUCAUAACUACUCGAAGAAAUGCAAGCCCUCGAAGUUUUCGUGAAUUCCACCCCCGAUCCGUGGAACACUACUCUAUUGAUGGACAAUUACACGUACCACAAUAACACGAACAUAACAGACCUGCAAUUGAAAAACCAGUUCGUACUUCCAUGGUGGAGACAAAUAAUUUGGACCUUAUUAUUCGCGGGUAUGAUCAUAGUUGCCACCGGUGGCAACCUCAUAGUAAUAUGGAUUGUGUUGGCGCACAAAAGGAUGCGAACAGUUACUAACUAUUUCUUGGUGAACUUGAGCAUCGCCGACGCGAUGGUUUCUACGCUAAAUGUUACGUUCAAUUACAUCUACAUGCUGAACAGUCAUUGGCCUUUCGGGACACUGUACUGCAAGAUCUGCCAAUUCAUCGCGGUACUCACUAUAUGCGCCAGCGUCUUCACUUUGAUGGCGAUUUCCAUCGACAGAUAUAUGGCCAUCAUGAAUCCAUUGAGACCUCACAUGGGCAAAAGAGCUACACUUUGCGUGGCAAUCAUCAUUUGGAUCGUAGGAGCUAUGCUCUCGGUACCGAUGUUGUUUUUCUACACAACAUACACGGAAAACUUUGCAAACGGAGAAGUACGAGUGAUCUGCUACGGCGAUUUUCCCAACAGAGACCACAAUGGUCUCAGUUACGACGAAUACCUGUACAACGUGAUUUUCACAAUACUGACAUACUUUUUGCCAAUUGGGUCGAUGACGUUCACAUACGCCAGAAUCGGUUUGGAAUUAUGGGGCUCGCAAAGUAUUGGUGAAAACACUGCAGGACAAUUGGAGAGUAUAAGGAGUAAACGAAGGGUUGUAAAGAUGAUGAUCGUGGUGGUGGUAAUAUUUGCGGUAUGUUGGUUACCCUUUCACGUCUACUUCAUCAUCACGUCGUACUUCCCCAAGAUUACGAAUAAACCGUACAUCCAAGAAGUUUUCUUAGGCAUUUACUGGCUCGCGAUGUCUAACAGCAUGUACAAUCCCAUAAUUUACUGUUGGAUGAAUUCCAGAUUUCGCCGAGGAUUUGCUCAUUUCUUUUCCUGGUGUCCCGGCGUGCACGUUCCCGCAGAGUCCUCGUUAUCGCGAUCCGAAGCGCUAACGUCUCGAUACAGCUGCACCGGAAGUCCUCAGACGCAGACCAGGAUAUCGCGGAACGGCACAGCACGAAUACCAUUGUACCUGCAAUCGUCGAGAGGAGGAAACGAUCAGUUUUUGGCUCAGCAUCGAGGGAGGAAAUGGAAAGGAUCGCAAGCUCGUGGGCAUGUGUCUUGA